AUGGCUAGCAAGUUCUGUUUCGAAGCUCUUGACAAGUCUUUGAAAGAUAUAAUGGAUCAUGACAAAGUUGCUUCUAAGACAAUUUUUGGAGGAAAGGUUGUGGUGUUUGGUGGUGAUUUCAGACAAAUUCUACCUGUUGUUCCUAGAGGAACCAGCUGGGACAAAUUCAAAAAUGCAGAUGAGAUACACCGCUUUUCUAAAUGGAUAUUACAAGUUAGAGAUGGAAAAAUAUCUGAACCAAAUGAUGGAUAUGCUGAAAUUUGUAUUCCCCCUGAGUUACUUCUAAUAGAUUUUAUGAACCCAAUUGAGAAGAUUUUUACAAGUACCUAUCUGAAUAUCCUUGAUAAUUACACAAACUCAAGUUUCCUUCAAAGUAGAGCAAUAUUAGCUUCAACCAUCAAAGUUGUGGAUGAAAUCAAUGAUUACCUAAUAAAUCUUCUACCAGAAUUGUUAAGUUGUGACUCUAUUGACAUGGCUGGAACUAAUGACAAUGAUGGUGUUGAGCAUUUGUCACCUGAAUUUUUAAGUUGUUUGAAAUGUUAUGGUUUACCAAAUUAUUCAUUGAAGCUAAAAGUUGGUACUUGUGUGAUAAGGAAUUUGGAUCAAUGUGAAGGUUUUUGCAAUGGUACAAGAUUAACGGCAACUAGACUUACAAAUCACGUCAUCGAAGCCAAAAUUAUAUCAGGUACCCAUAUUGGAAAUACUAUUUACAUCACAAGAAUGUCUUUAUCUCUAUCUCAAUCACCAUGGCCGUUCAAACUCAUUCGAAGACAGUUCCCCAUCAUAGUUUCAUUUGCUAUGACCAUAAAUAAACCUCAAGGCCAAUCGUUAGAUUAUGUUUGUUUAUAUUUUCCUAAAGAUGUGUUUAGCCAAGGUCAACUAUAUGUGGCUAUGUCAAGAGUGAAGAGCAAAAAUGGAUUGAAAAUCUUGAUUCACGACAAAGACAAGAAAGCAUUAUCUCAAACAACUAAUGUGUUCUUCAAAGAAGUGUUUCAUAAUGUUGCAUAG